AUGGAUACUUCUAGCAAAGAAGAGAAGGCUGUCACAGCCACACUGAAAGACAGCGAGCAUGGCGAACAGGAAAUCUACAUUGACCCAGAGCUUGAGAAGCGUACUUUGCGGAAGUUUGACAGAUGGGUCCUGCCGCAGUUCAUGCUGCUCGUGUUGAUAGCGUAUCUGGAUCGCAGCAACAUCGGAAAUGCGAGAGUCUUCGGUUUCGAAGAAGGCCUUGGGCUCACAGGCCAUCAAUUCAAUGAUAUCAGCACCGUCUUCUACGCGACUUACGUCCUCUUCGAAGUACCAUGGGUGAUGGCUGUCAAACGUUUCGGCGCCAACACAGUCCUCGCAGCAGCUCUUGUGUCCUGGUCGAUCGUCACACUUUGCACUGGCUUCAUCCAUAACUAUACGCAAUGCAUCGUCAUGCGUCUGCUGCUUGGAGCGGCCGAAGCUGGGUUAUUCCCAGCUCUUUCAUUCAUCAUAUCAACCAUCUGGGACAGGAAGAGCCAGGCGAAGCGGGUCAGCUUGCUUUAUAUGUCCAGUGCGUUGAGUGGAGCUUUCGGAGGCUUGAUCGCGUAUGGGAUCCAGACGAUGGGUCGUCAACGUGGGCUCGACGCGUGGCGGUGGUUGUUUAUCAUCGAAGGCGCAAUCAGCAUCUUCAUCUGUCUCCUCGCAUGGUUCAGUCUGCCCAAGAGCGCUGAAGAGGCCUGGUUUCUGACUGCUGAGGAGAGAGGCGUGAUGCAGGCUCGAAAGGCACGCGAGGCGUUGUACAAAGGGACUGAUGAGUUCAGCUGGAAGUUUGUCAAGCAAGCUGUGACUGAUCCUUUCAUUUACGCGUCUGCUGCCCUGCUCUUCUGCUCCAGCAUUCCGUUGUUUGGUUUUGGCACCUUCCUUCCAACAAUCAUUCAAGGCCUUGGGUAUACCGGUCUUGCCCCGAACUACCUUUCGAUCCCAUGCUACGUCCUCGCGGCCAUAACGUUGAUCAGUUGGACCACUUUGUCGGAUCGUCUAGGCAAACGUGCUCUCUUCGCGUUCCUGGCUCCAAUACCCUGCAUUAUCGGCUAUGCGAUUGUUGUUCGAACUCCAUCUCCUGAGGCUGGGUAUGCAGCAAUGUUCCUCUGCGCAGCUGGAAUCUAUCCAUACAACGCCAUCAUGUUCACGUGGCUACUGAACAACCUCAGUCCGGACUGGAAGCGUUCCGUCGGCGCACCGUUGUUCGCGUCGCUCGCCAACAUCAGUGGUGUGAUCAGCAGUCAAAUCUAUCCGUCCAGUGACAGUCCACGAUAUCUGAUGGGGAACGCGGUGUCUCUUGCGAUGGAAGCGGUGGCUUGCGGAGGGGUGCUGUUUGUAUGGCUGCUGCUGAAGAGGAGAGACCAAAAGAAGGAGCGCAUGCUGGCGGAGGGCGAUAUCGACAAUGGGUACGGUGGCGAAGAUCGUGGUCUGCAGUUCAGAUACGCGCUGUGA